GCAGACGAGGUCAUGGAGGCGAAGCCAGAUCGGCUGCCGCCUUCGGCGUUGGAGGGCCCGCGCGAGGCAGUCCCGCCGCUGCGCCCCGACUGGGCGAUCGUGCCAAGCAACGACCCCGAUCGCUGGGGCAUGGGGCCCAGGCAUCGGGGCAAGAGGAACAUGCUGAUUCGGGGGGCCCUGGGGGCGAAGCGCUCCGUCUGGCACGGGAGUUCGGGGAACGGCAUGCGGCCCCUGGGGCAAGGUAGCGGCGCCUGCGCCUUCCGCCCAAUCCAAGCUGCAACAGCAGAGGAUGGGUGCCACUCCAUCGGCGAGGAGGGCGAGUCCGAGCCGAACGUCGGCGACAUCGCGUUCUGCCUCGUGGACGAGCACUGGGAUGAGAAGAAGUAUUGGAUCGGCAACAUCCAGAAGCGGUGCAACGGCCGGCGCUUCAGGGGGCGCAUCUUCGGCGCCCCCGUGGGCGCGCAG